AUGAGGCCGCUCUCGGAUGGUCCCUCCUGCUUGACCAGCGAGGACUCCCUGACCAACCUAAGGGGCUCUGAACAACCAGUCACGAAGAGGAGAGCAGAACAGCCUCCCAUGCAGAGAGUAAGCCCUCUGGUCACAGAAGCAAUGCUGAAAGCCUACUUCCAUGAACUCUGCCAAAGUAUUACGGCUAGCAUAGCCGCCUUCAAGAAAGAAAUCAAUGGGGUGUCUGUACGCCUCCAUGACACCGAGGUCACCUCCGCCGCUCACGAGGUGCGCAUUGCUAGCCUGGAAACAGAGAUAGCAACGCUCAGGCAAGAAAUUACCCAAUCCCAGCACCACAUGGCGGUAAUGGAAGACCGUAGACGCUGGAAGAAUGUGAAAUUAAGCGGCCUACCUGGCAGCAUCCCCCUAACUGAGAUUCCACACCUAAUAAGGAUAUAA